CACAACCACACGUUUACCCUUCCUAACCACGGUGCAAGAUGGCCGAAGAUGGCAAGGAUGGAGCGGCUACCAAUCAGCCCGUGUUCUUUGCAGUAUCCUUCGCCAUUGUAGAAAGUGGCAACCUCGUGGGCGAACGAGCUCAAGCUCUUAUACAAACCUUAGAAGAGAACGGUGCGAUGUACACGCCUUUCGGCGCCGACACUCAGCGCGGUGAAGACAUCACGGUCUAUAGCCAUAUUAUCUCAGAAACGACCGACUUCCCUCAAUACCAAAACGCGCUGGACCACUUUGUGCACAUCGUGAAGCCAUUGUGGGUAGAUGCCAGUCUCUCGAAAGCGAAGGCACUCAAUCCGCGCUCGUUCAGCCCCGACCCUAGCCUGUUUCUUCAAGAUGUCGUCGUCACUUGUACAGCAGACAUACCCGAGGGCGACAAAGAGGCGAUCAUUGGGGGCGUUAUAGCCAUGGGUGGUCAAUACUCUGCUCCUAUGACAAAGAUGGUUACUCACCUUGUAGCCUUGUCUACGGACGAUGUCAAGUACGAGGUUGUCAUGAGAAAGAACCUCAAGUGCAAGACAGUUUUACCACACUGGUUUGACGACUGCCUUAAGUUGGGAAAGAAGAUUGCAGAGAAGCCAUACAUGUUACCAGAUCCGGAGAUCCUCUCCUCGAUUGAGCGAGGACCCUUAGCUCACGUUCCAAACAACGCUAUCCAGGGAGCAACUUCUCCAGUUCCCACUGAUUUUCCGACUCCCGUCACUACAAACCGCGUGCUGGAUGUGUUCCGAGGAAAGAAGAUCAUGUUGUCCGCCGAUCUGAACAUUGGCAGUAGAAUCAUGAGCACUAUUGAGAACCUUGUCCACAAUGGGGGCGGUGAGCUGGUCACCCAGGUAGAACAAGCGGACAUAUACGUGUGCUACUACCGUGACGGCGAGGACUACAUCAAGGCAUCUCAGGCACGCAAGGACGUUGGUAACCUUGCGUGGCUUUACCAUCUGAUCACUCACAAUGCGUGGACGUCACCGAUGCGCCGACUACUACACUACCCAGUUCCACGCCAUGGUAUCCCGGGGUUUUCAGACUACCAUAUCAGUCUGUCCAACUAUGUUGGAGAUUCACGAAUCUAUCUGGAAAACUUAGUCAAAGCAUGCGGUGCAGAGUUUACUAAGACCAUGCGCCAGGAGAACACCCAUUUGAUCACCGCUCACACACAAAGCGAAAAAUGCGAGGCUGCGAGAGAGUGGAACAUCCACAUAGUCAACCAUAUAUGGUUGGAGGAGAGUUAUGCUCAGUGCAAACAGCAAUCACUCACAAAGCCUCGAUAUACCCAUUUUCCGUCUCGCACGAACUUGGGAGAGGUCGUUGGGCAGACGCAGAUUGAUCCUGAUGCUGUAGAAGCCCGAUUCUUCCCCAAAGGAGCAGAAGAAAGGCGCAGAAAAGGACCCCAAACAAAUGGCGUGGCUGUGCCUUCUCGACCAAAGCAGGAGGAAGUUCCCUCGAUGAACACCCUCACAGUUGCUGAUACAACACAGACGACUGCGGCACAGGAGGGUGCAGAUGACGCGGUUUCUGAACGGGCUACGCCAUUGAUUAAGAAGGACGACCGUGCACAAACAACUGCGCCGCAGGAGGGGGCAGAUGAAGUGGGCUCUGAAAGGGCUACGCCACUAAUCAAAAAGAGUAGUCGUGUGCGAAACGAUGCAAUUGAUGCACAGACACCCAUGGCGGCGAGAGUUGCCGAAGGCAAAGAAAAUGAGACGCCGUCCACAGCAGGAAGUCGGGGCGCUAAAAGCCGAGCACUCACGAAGCUCCACGAUCUUGCUCCGGAUAUUGCACUCUACGAAAGGGAAAAGAAGAGAGCCGGUGGCGUUCUCCGUGGAGGCAGACGUUUGAGCGAACCUGAAAGCGCCGAGAAACCUCAGACCAAAUCAAAAGAGGCACGAGGCACCAAGAGGUCCUUGGAACCAGAAGGUGAAGUAGAGGGCGAAGCCUCUGCGGAAACUGUUAAAGAGACAGGGCGGAAGACGAAGAAGUCCAAAUCCAGUCUCACACCAAUCGUUCACAAGUUGAUGAUGUCUGGCGAUGACAGGUGGGUGGGCAAGGGCAAAACGAAGAAGGAGCAUGAGGAUAAGAGCAAACUUCGGGACAUGGGCAUAAAUGUUGUGACAAAGCCAGACGAAACAACGUUGCUCUGCGCUCCAAAGAUUGUCCGGACACGGAAAUUUGUUGCUGCUCUCGCCGCUGCGCCCCAUGUUGUCUCUACUUCAUUCUUGGACGACUGUCUGCGUUCUAAUCGGAUGCCUGACCCUUUGUCACAUCCCCUGAUUGACCGCGAGGGGGAGAAGCGGUGGGGCAUCAAGCUCUCCGAUACGAUUUUCAGAGCACAGCAGAACCGCGGGCAGCUCCUCAAAGGCUGGGAUAUCUUCGUCACAGAAAACGUCACCGGCGGCUGGGAGACGUACAAAGACAUUAUCAAAGCCAAUGGCGGCAAUUGCCUCCUCUGGAAAGGCCGCGCAACCAAAGUGUCGAAGCGUGAGGUUAAGAAGUCACGGGAUACCGACGGAGACGCCAACAUGGAUGCAGACCUUGAUACCGAGGCGCAGCUUGAAGCCAACCGCAGCAAUGACGGCGGCAAGAGCCUCUACUUGGUCUCUGGCACCGACCAGGCUGAAGUCAAGCUCUGGCCCAAGUUCAAAGACGUGGCCAAGAAGGCAGACAUGACGCCGUACAUCGUGACGCCGGACUGGAUACUCUUUGUCACUAUGGCGCAGUACAUCCACCACGAAGAGCGAUGGGAGAUCCGCCCGGAUGAGGUGCCCGGUCUUGCAGGAAAGAAGUGAACACAGCGUAUGCAGGCCAGGAAUUUCUUGUGUUUUUCUUCAUGGGCGGUUGAUCAGGAGUACAUGGAUGUAUGUAUUUGGCGUUGUGAGGCAGACCGAGACGGCACGACUCGGUAGAUUAAGGCAUCGCUGGGGCGAGCUAUUCAUUGCUAUUUCCUCUGGUGGCAUAUCAACAGCGGCUGUUUCAUAAUACUAGCUGUUGGCCAUCCUUGCCAACCUACUUAAAUAGGUG